AUUGCAAUGAUUUACCCUAUUGUGCGCCAAAACGAGGGAUACCAGCGACACGACAGCUUCACGUGUAUGCAUGAAAGGGCUCACAGCCGUCAAAUACCGAUGGAUCAUGAUUUUUCUUGAGGGGGCAGCAGUGGGAUCUAGGGUCCCCAUGUCAGCCAUUGUUCUCUCCGAUGUGUACCGCGGUCAUUCAAAUGUCACAUCGCGUUGUCAAAUUUGUGCAGAAUUGUUAACUGGGGGAUGACGGAAUCGAUCGUACCGAUCAAUUACGCAAUCGAUAGCUCUUCAUGUGGCUUAGUGCCGAUCAAAUUUUGGAACAAAUGAGUGUAGUGGUUUCUAGUCGUAAGAAAAAUCGCAAAUUGUUCACUUGCACUUCGAAUAUUUCGAAGUUGCCAUCAAUCUCACUAGAGUGCGAUACUGAAUCCUUUUGUUUUUUUUUCAAAAAUUGACUAUUGAAAUUUUAUGAUUGUUAUUAUGUCAACCGUCUUUCCCUCGAUUUUUUACUAAAAUUCUUAUCAGUUUUCCCCGUGAUUUGGAUUCAAUUGUGAUAAAUAUGGCGUAUGACGGAGCACAACACGUUAGGCAGAAGGAAAUAAUAGAGCGGGAAGUUCACCAAGAGACUCAUCAGCCUUGGAACACGGCGGAAGUUGCGAAGAAAUUGAAGAAGUCGUUAACUAGGUUGAACAAAUCCGAGUGGAAUGAAAAACGGUCUAGAUAUGAGCCGGCAGAAAAAGUUUUUUAUAUUUUGAAAACAUGGAGUACUGUUGUAAUAAAAGGGAAAUCCAUUUCGACUGAUGACACUUGUCGUAGCUACAAAGAACCGGUAGCACUACCGAGAGGUCAUCUGGAAGAGAUUAUGUCAUCGACGAUCAACACUCGGAACAUUACAGCAUUCGUGUUCCAUAUCAAUUUAGAUUAAUGGAUAAGGAACUGAUCACGCCUGGUAACCCUUAAUGAGUCAACAUUUUAUGAAAUCUGAUUUGAUUACUGUCCAUCUAACCUGAGCACAAACUUCGGCGUUCUAUAUCUCAGGAUUACCAUUGAAUCUCCAGGUUUUUUAUUUUUGGUCAGAAAUAAAGGAUGACGGUAUGUGCCGUUGUGAAAUCGCGUGAUAUCCUGCAAUCUUUCAAAUAAAACACAUGUACGAGGAAUUGUGAGUAUAUGGAAAAGGAGAAGGGAAUGGCCAUUCAUUGCUGCAUUUGAAAAGUCGACGUGCCACGCGAGUUAUAUAUGGCACGCGAACGCAUCUCGAUUCACCAUCUCCGGAACGGAAGGAAAAUAGGUGGCAUCGAGAAAUUUUAUUAUUCUUCGAUUAAUUAUUCGAACGUCAGUGAUAAAUGUAGAUGGAACGGUUUUAAAUGUUUCAAUUCCAUGUUCAGCUACUGGCGAUCAAGUGUCAUGAAUUAACGAAAUUCUGAUAAUUUCAGAAAUUUCACUAUUUCAUUACAAACGAGAGUUG